AUGGAGCACAACGAGAGCUAUCCAGCUGGAGCUUCGACGAGUCCGAGCAAUGAUGGCUCGAUCACACACGAUGAGAAGGUGAAGAAGGCGCAAAGGGUGUUAGGGAUGGAAGAGGGGAGCACGGCAAUCAUAUCGGCCGACGAUCAAUUGCUCGCCACCCUAGGAUACAGAGCAGAAUUGAAGAGAGAAUUCUCCUACCUGACGGUAUUCGGACAAAGUUUCGGUGCAAUGGGUAUCGCGCCUGCGAUUGCUGAAUCAAUCAUCUUUUCGCUCGGCAGCGCAGGUGCGCCAGGAAUGGUGUGGACUUAUUUUACGGGCUGUAUCUUGUUGAUACCCGUUGCGCUGAGUUUGGGAGAGCUUGGGAGCAGUAUGCCUACAUCCGGAGGAUUGUAUUAUUGGGUAGCACGUCUAACACCAGCUCGCCAACGAGCAUUCAUGUGCUGGCUUGCCGGAUACAUGAACGUUUUGGGCUACAUCUCCAUCUACGCCUCCACCAUCUACGCCGCAACACUAAUUCUAGGCGCAAUAUGCAGCAUCGGCUCGGACAGCGCCUUCGUUGCAACCAAAUACCAGAACUACGGCAUGUUUGCAGCGACCACUUUCUUGACUUUUGGCAUGACAUGUGUCUCCUCCGCAACGAUGAGCAAGCUCAACUUCUCCUACAUCAUCGUACAAUUCUGCAUGCUCCUCGCCCUCAUCAUCGCUCUCGCAGCCGGAACUCCUUCCGAGUUCAAGAACUCUGCUUCUUUCGUAUUCAGCGAUUUCGAGAAUACGGGUUUCUGGACGAAUAACGGAUGGGCUUUCAUGCUUUCGUUCCUGACUCCCGUCUGGGUCGUUUCUGGUUUCGAAUCCUCGGCCACCAUUGCGGAAGAAGCGUCAAAUGCCGCCAGAGCAGUUCCAUUCGCUAUGGUUUCUUCGCUGCUCACGGCUUUGGUUACGGGAUGGGGAGUCAUUAUAACGAUUGCAUUCUGUAUGGGAACAGAUGUCGUAGGCAUAGUGACUACGCCUCUCGGUCAACCGUUGGCUCAGAUCGCAUUCAACAGUCUCGGGAAGAAGGGAAGUAUUGCGUUACUGGUAUUCUUGUGGGGAUCCAGCGUUUGUAACUGCAGUAUCUUGAUGGUGGCUGCUAGUCGAGAGACUUUCGCUUUUGCCAGAGAUCACGGCCUCCCAUUCUCAUCCUUCCUCCGCGUCCUCUCCGCAAACAAAACUCCCGCCCGAGCAGUUGGGUUCGUCGCCCUAAUGACCCUCGCCGAAGGUCUCUUGAUGCUCGUAAACACCAUCGCCAUCAACAGCAUCUUCAACCUCGCCAUCAUGGGACUCUACUUCGCCUACUGCAUGCCCCUCAUCUCGCGCCUGCUCUUCCGCCACUUCACCCCGGGCGUGUUCUACAUGGGCGACACACUAUCGCUCAUCUCAGCCGUCUACUCCGUCGCGUGGAUGACGUUCAUUUUCAUCAUCCUACUGUUCCCGUCGUACCAGGAUCCCACUGCCCAGGAAAUGAACUACGCGGUCGUGGUGCUGGGUUUUGUGCUGGUGUUUUGUGUGGUGUAUUAUUGGUUUCCGAAAUAUGGCGGGAAGACGUUCUUUAAGGGUCCGGUUAGGACUAUUGACGAUAUUUUGGAGGAGAGUCCGGAGGUGCAGAGGGAGGUUGAGAGGCAGAUCCAGGAGGAGAAAUCGUGA